AUGGACCCCCUUCGAUCUACCUCGAACGUAUUGCAGCCGUCUGGACCCUUAUCUUCUGAGUCUUCUCCAUUCGAUACCAAACCCGAAGAUCCUCUUGUACAACUGGCGAACGAAGUGGAGCAGCACCCAUUCACCACCGGCAAGAGCUUACAAAGAUCGAUGGAAUACCGUCGACAAGCGCUUUAUGAAGACCGAACUCGGGAUCAGUAUCUCGUCUUCACGUCUGUCCCCGCGGCGCAAGCCUGUCGACUAAGUGAUGAACGAUCUGAAACAAGCAAAUAUUGUCGGCUCUUCUUUAAUACAAAAACAGGGACCUUGAUCGCAAAAGUCAGGCCUGAAAACGUGUAUGAACUUGCAAUAAGAUCUUUCGAUAUGUUGGUCUUUUACGCAUUGCAUGCGAUGAACGUCCAUGAUGACGUUGUUGCUUCUGGAUCGGUAACAGUUGACGUUGGAAAUUGGACAAUGGAGGCCGACUCCUGCUUUGCUCCGGCUUCAGGCAAUUUAGACCUGAGCUUUUGUAUGGUAAUAGGACUAUCAGAGUCUGAGCGAAAACUUGCUCUUCAUGCGCGCGGUUGGCUUGAGACUUACUCCUCAUCUGUGAAAGUUGUGGUUACGAUCAGCCUUAAACGCGAAUAUCCCGAUAUCAUCUUGUACCGAUGGGAACUUGUCGCCCCUCGAGGAUAUGGCGUCCUUCCAAGAUCAUCCCGUCUUUUGGCGCGUCCUACUGCAUUCGUUCAAAUAUCGCGAACGGAUGACACGACGUCUGUUACCGGAGCGUCCUACACGAACGGAAGAACCACGACUACUACACAGUUGGAUCUACCCUUCGAGAAAGUUGUUGGCCGUCCUCCUCACGGACCCCUGGAGAGAGACUUAGUGAUACCAGAGCAAGAGCUGAGGAAGUUUGCCGAGCAAAUCUGGAGAGCGCAGGAUCUUCUGUAA